AUGCAGCUGCAGCACAAAACCCAAUACCCACCCGUUGUACACAUCUCUGUGCAUGUACAUCCCACCUCACUUACUUAUGCUGCCCAUGCACAUGAUGCCGCCGACGACGACGACGACUCGCUAGCCCCCCCGCUCGACCACCACACGACCACUUCGGUCCCAGAUACAGAUUGCACUCGACCAAAACAGAUGGCCCGCCAAGUGGCCGCAUCCGUGUGUACCGUAUCGUCGCCAUCGAUAUUAAUCCUCACAGGCGCGCACGGCGCGGCUACCCUGAUAAUAAUUCACCCUGCGCGCCUUCUUCCGCACCCGCAUCACGUCGUCCAAGUGGGCCCGUUGGGAAAAGGUGGGGCCAGGGCAUGCGUCAUGCAACACCUCAGCGAACUAGACGCCCUGCCGAUCUACGAACCUAGGUUCCUCGCUUCAUCGCCUAUGUACACACUAUCUCUUUAUGCACUGCCGCCCCCUCCACCCGUCCAGACCGAGUCUCCUGCACCCUGGCCCGCCCACGCCUUGACGUGUAUACAGCCAGGCUGUACGCUGCCACGUCCACCCACUGCGUCGGCCUCAAAGUGGGAAUCUUCAUUCGCAACUUUAUUGCCAACCCGGAAUCUACUCCUCCAUUCCCCCACUCUGCCAAUCCCAGUACAGAACAUCCACCUUCACCGUCCCCUUGGUCACCCUCUAUCAACGUCGGCUCCGUCCCGAGCACAGCCGCUCGGGUAUAAUCCCUAA